AUGACUACAGCAACCCCCCGCACGCCAUGGCUUUGCCAGAUCUGCUUCGACAUGCAAGACUCCACGCCAGUUGAAGUGGCCGACGACCACAUUUGCGAAGACUGUUUCGAGAGCGGGAUGAAGACUCAGUUCCAAGACGCCUUGGCCAACCAAGCUAAUUACCCCGUCAAAUGGGGAGGCACUCCACUCGACAUCGAAGAUUACCAGCGUUUCUUCGCCCCUGAGUUCAUGAGACAGUACGCCACAAAGGUCAAGGAAUACGCGGUCCCAAUCAAGUUGCGAAUCUACUGCACGCAGCAGAUCGUUGCCGUUCCUGAGGAGAACGAUGCUCACCCGACCGAAGAGACCUGCGGCACUUUCCUCGGCAGUACACUCGACCAUGCCAAUGAGCAGAAAGUCAAGUGUUCCAAGUGUCACGCCGAUACAGAGAUCAUCAUUUCCAUGAAUGACGCCGACCAGGCUCUCCUCGAAGGACAGAUUAUCGGCAAGGACUAUCAGCUGUGUCCCGGCGACAACUGCGGGGCCAGGAUAUUUCUUGCAGAAGGCUGCAACGAGGUCGUAUGCGAGCUUUGCGGUACGACUCUGUGCUACAUCUGCGGCGCGGUGCCGGAGCGCGGACACUGGAGCGUUGGAAGUUGCCCUCGUUUUGGCCAGAAAGACUCUGCCAGGGCGAUCUUCGACGACGUGGAUAAUGCCGAAGAUGAUGAAGAUGAGGGAGUUGAAGAGGCCUUUCCCCCUAUAGCACGCAUGCGCGGUGCUCACAGCUUCGACUUACAUCCUAUUGUCGAGGAAGGGAUCUUUUCCACGGCUGUCGGCCGCCUUCUCAUCGCGGACAGGGAACGACUGCGCACCAUUCUCCGUCCAACACACGACGGCCAAGCCACCGCGUCGCCGAAUGUAGUGAGAAUGGUACAAGCUCUGCGAGAAUCACUGGACAUGUACAUUGCUCACUUGGUACCCGCCGGCACACUUCACGGGCUGCUAGACGCUCCUACUGGUCCGAACCAGACGUGGCAAGACUCUUGGUUCUUCACCGAUCAACACAACGAGAUCAGACGACUCGCAAUCGAGAUUGACGUUGAAGGCUUCCGCCCGUAUCCCGGACUUGCUAAUCUCGCCCUCACUCACCACGCUGCGUGGUCCGGCGGACAUCAGAUCGAAGAACGUGCUAUGGAACUGUUCCGAAUUGAGUCGGCCUCGAUCGAACAGUCAGUGGAGAACCGUCUGAUGAGGGCGGAUCUUCGUCUCCUGCACGCUGUCCACCGUCGAUGGCAUGAUUCGCCCAUGGGAGGCAUGGCUAUGGAAGCAGCUCACCAGCUGAACCUCUGGCUUCUGACCGAAAUCGAUGUCUACGUCGAUCACCUCCACGAGCAGGACAUCUUGCUUGGGCGACCUCCGCUCUGGGCUCGCCGUGAGCAGAGCAACAGCCGCGCUCAGAUUCAUCACGAGUUCCUUCUGAUGAGCCAGUCUCCCGCUGUCGUUGCUGCCUUUCCAGAGUUGUCGGCCAUCGUCGCCUCGUAUGAGUUGGCUUGGACUGGAUCAUACGAGGAGCUGCGACAGCUGCACCCGCGGAAUUUGUGA